GCCGCAGACGGCCCUUGCAGCAUGGCCGCCGGCGCUGCUGCCGCCUUGGCGUUUUUGAGUCAGGAGAGCCGAGCCCGGGCCGGGGGGGUCGGCGGUCUGCGAGUCCCGGCCCCGGUCACUAUGGACAGCUUUUUCUUCGGAUGUGAGCUCUCAGGUCACACCCGGUCUUUCACCUUCAAGGUAGAGGAAGAGGAUGAUGCGGAGCACGUGCUGGCUUUGACCAUGCUCUGCCUCACCGAGGGAGCCAAAGAUGAGUGUAAUGUGGUAGAAGUCGUGGCCCGGAACCAUGACCACCAGGAGAUUGCAGUCCCUGUGGCCAACCUCAAGUUGUCCUGCCAACCCAUGCUCAGCUUGGAUGACUUCCAGCUCCAACCACCGGUAACCUUCCGCCUGAAGUCAGGUUCUGGCCCUGUGCGGAUCACUGGGCGGCACCAGAUUGUUACUAUAAGCAAUGAUGUUUCUGAGGAAGAGAGUGAAGAAGAGGGGAGUGAGGAAGAGGAAGCUGAGUUGUGCCCCAUUCUGCCUGCCAAGAAGCAGGGGGGCAGGCUCUAACCCUCCCUGGUCAACUAGCUGCCUGCCACAUGUACCAUGCACCAGGUUCCUGUACAGGUUUCAAGAAUUUUGUGUCUUCUCCAUUGAAGAGGAUGGGUAGCAGUGGGGUGGGGUGGGUGGGGUCUUGGUCUGGUGCUAGGAGAGAGAGGGUCCCAUUCUCCAUGGGGCCCUGGUGUUCUAAUCCUGUACCACACGCAAGAGUUUCCCUUUUCUCCAGGAGUGGGAGGAACUCUGAACUUCUAUCCUGACCCUCUCUCCCCACUUGCCUAUGAGGUUGGAGGUCAGCAUCUGAAGCUCAGGACUACACAUUUUUAACAUUUUUUUACAUUUUUGGAUAAAAGUUGAAAUAAAAUAGUGUGGAGUUUUUUUUUGCA